CGUGGCAAUGUAUGACCGAGGUAGAGGGACGACGCUUUUGGACGACGCUUUUCGCUACUCGUGAUAGCCGUGCACGACGGGUUUUGGGGUGAUGUUAAAGGAUACUAAAAUGAGAUGUAUCUAUUUCUCUGUUUUUUGAUCGUGCAGUGAGCGCGUCCCACCAUUUGUGACGGGCGCAGCGAGGUGCAUUACAACAGAUCACUCCCCAGAAAAAAGUGAAACCGAAAUCAGAAAAAGCUGCAUCAAAGGCUCUAGUUUAUUUGUAUUUGAUCUGUUUACGACACUUGUGUCGGAGGAUUACACGUAGAACAUUAUUCAAGAUGUUCGGGCGGAUGAAUCAGGUGCAGAUGGAGGCCGCUUGGUCGAAGCGGGUCGACAAGGAGCGCGACCACGCUCAGAAGGCUGUUGCAAAACUCUCGGAAACGAAAUCACGACUGACAUCAAAGCAGAGCACGGCUAACCCCAUGCUUUUCUAUCCGGGGGGUGGGAACGGACCGAAAAUCGCCCGGACGUACGAGUCCGUUUAUCCUCCACCGGACCCGAGUCGGCCCAAGCGUGCUUUCCUUCCUGGAGGGCUAAAUCACACGACGCCGCCGGCUCCUGAGCCGCCGACUGGCAAGAUGAUGCUAAAGGGCGCUAAGCUGCCCUCGGAGUACCACCAGGCGUUGGGCAAAGUACCUGCGACGGCCGCGGGAAAGCCAUCAGACUGCUGCAAGGAUGGGGUGUCUAGUACGUGCUCGCGACAUGGCGGUGACAAGUUCAAGAACUACGCAGCUGCGUCAGCAGCAACGAGUGCUCGCAGUCGUACUAGGCCUGGGGCGCUCGGCGCGACGGCAUCGCUAUCCGACUUCGGAUCGACGGCUGGCCGAAGCGCCACAUCAAACAAGAAAGACCAAAAGGAGCCGCUGUCUUCUAUAAGCCAUGCCAGCGGUACCGCUCCAGCGGUGACGCAGGAUCAGUUGUUGCGGUCGAUCGCAAAUAUUGAGCAGGAUGGUACCCUGCCAGCUGCAUCUGGCGCAGCAUCAAGAAGGUCCGAUAACAAGUCGGCAAGUCGAAGAUCGAGUUCGCGAUGGCGUGGCAGCUUCGCCCCGGACGAGGAUGGAGCGUACUGUUUUUAGCUCUUCUUGCCAUGAGAUGAAAUCUGAUCGAUGUUUUAUUACUGAUAACUACUUCCGUUAUUUAACCAAGAAGGUAAUAUGGUACAUAUGAAUUUAUGUAUGAUAGAUGAAGUCAAGAAGACUUCAUCCGCCUCUUUGGGCAUCUCAUGGACUGGGCUCAAACGCAGGUCUUCCGUGCCAGGGUCGGCAGGCGAGGCGCAGUUCCAUGAGGAGAUACGCAGCGUUGUCGAACAGGAAGUGAGCAAGUUGCUAGCUCCAUUGGAGAAGGAACUCCAAGCAGAGCGAGAAAAGCGACAGAAAGCGGAAAUGCUGCUGACGAAGGUAGGAAAAGUGAAGCCAGCAGAGAAUGCAGGAAAACCGGCAAGCGCGUCCUCGGUGAAGAAAUCGAAGUAGAAGCUAGUAAACUUGAAUUAUGCGGAGAGGGCGACGAGCAGAAACGAAUAAACUAGUGUUUGACACAGCCAUAGUGAGAAACCAAUGUUCUCGUGAGACACCGAUAUUUUAUGCGAUCGUCUUAUUCGUAAAGCUUUCAAAAUUGCGAUGGAUUUAGCUUCUUUCGUACUUACACAAAGAGAAUAUAGAAAUGACAGAAAAUAUGUUUAGUGCUGCAUAAAAAUGAAUAGCGAAACUAAGGCGUGAUCUAGUCUGUUAGUCUUUCAAACUCUAGCGAGCUAACCAGAAACAUCAUUAUGCGUUGUCUACCGAAAAAAUUUCGAACGAAAAACUUCUCGUCGUCGGCUUGUCCAGUCUAUCUUUUCUAUACAUGUGUGUGGUGUAGCAAUUGGUUUUUUAGUCUUCCUCAUUUGAAUUUAUGCGACAGGAUCUGUCCUAACUCCCAUAGAGUAAGCCAUUAUCGUCCCCUUGUCAUCGUCCUUGUCCUCGAUUGUGCAUUACAUUUACACUAAGUUGACCUUGAAAUUGAUCCUUUCAUUGCUAAUGUGACCCGAAAAGGAUGUUAAAGGCUGCACAGAAGAACUGCAACCCCAUCAGAUGCCUACGUGUGUAGGAGACUAACACCGUUGAAAAUGAAACGGCGCCCGUAGCGAGCCUAAACUUUCAACAGAAGUUACGACUAUAUUCUGGGAAAGCUGUUAACUGGUGUCCGUGUGCAGGGCGGCGUCGAC